UGCUCUCAAAAUAUAUAUUUAAAUAACAAUUUGUAAUUAUAAAACCACUCAAAUUAUGUGCAUCUAACGACUUGACCACUGAAAUUCGGCCAAAUAACUAAUUCAUUUUUAAUGAUAGCCAAUUUUUUACUUCGUACCAAAGAUGAAAUAUUAGUCAUAAUAUUAUCUCGAAUAAUCAAAUUUUAUGUGCGUUAAAAAAAAAAAAAAAAAAUCAAAAUUGCCUAAGAUGGAAAGAUCCCGUUCCCCGGUGGGUCUACAACACCGCCGCAUUUCGGACAAAUUUCAAUGUUGUACUCCUAUUCUUUAAUGAUUUUUUAGGGUUUUUUCUUAUCCAAAAACCACCCAAAGUCCCCAUCAAAUCCCAUCAAAAAGGAGGUACAGAAAAUUAAGGUUAGUUGGCAAAAGGGCCUUCUACUAUAUUAUCAAACCAAAAAUCCCAUUUUUUUGUACUUCUUUUCUCUAUUUCUAAAUUACUGAAGAAAAGAAAAGACACUAUUUUUUCUCUGUUUCAGCAAAUUUUCAGGAUCUUCAGUCAUUGUAUCAUGGGCUUUGAAGAAAGAGUUGUGGAGCAUGAUGAUGUGAAGCAAGAUGAGCAAUCGGGGGCUCUGAGCCUGCAUGCAUUUUCUGAUUUGUCAUGCGUUUCACCCGUUGUAUUUCUUUUUUUAUUAAAAGAAUCAUAUAUCUACGGGAAGUCUAAAGCAACCAAAAAAUUCCGUGCUCUGCAACAACAAGUCAAUUUAGCCCUCAUAAACGCCCCUCACCCUGGACCAGCUGUCUUUAUUGUCCGUUGCCUAUAUGUGCUUCCAGUAUUCGAAUCAUAUGCUGAUGGCUUCAGUCACUUGAUUGUAUCUGCUCUUCGUAAAUUCCUGAAAUCCAAUACCAAUCCCGCUGACUUGCUAGAAGCACAAGAUCUUGCUGCACAGUUAUUUCUCGAUGUUGUCCAAGGCGUUGUCAUCCAUGAUGAAAGAAUACUUCUAAAGCUAAUUGAAGCUGUUGAUUUGAAGUUGGUGAAUGUUGAAAAAGCUAUACACAAUUCCGCUGCAAAGAACUGUACUUAUGACAAAGCUGAAGCUUUCAUGGAGAAUUAUAUUCAUCAACACAUAGAAUCUCAGUCGUAUAUGACUGCUGUCUCUUUGUUGGAACAAUUUGAUAUUCGUCACUCAGGAGAAUCUCUCCUAAUUAAAAUAUUGGAGAACAAAGACUUUAGAGCAGCAGAGAAGUGGGCAUCAUAUGUGGGUAAGUCAAUGUUAUGUAUUCUUGUUCAGGAAUACGUUAAGAUGAAUAUGCUAAAACCUGCAUAUGGGAUUAUAAAGAGGAACAAUUUACAAGAGGAAUUUCCAGAUGUUUACCAUAAAUGUAAAGAAAGCUCAUUGAAGACUUUAGCUGAAAAAGGAUGCUGGGAUGUUGCAGAAGAGAGGACAAAGAAUGAUAGACAGCUUCUUGAAUAUCUGGUUUAUUUGGCGAUGGAGGCUGGCUACUCUGAGAAGGUUGAUGAAUUAUGUGAACGUUACUCACUGGAAGGAUUCGUGAAAGCUAAAGAACCUGAGGUCCAUCCUCUUCAGAGUCAUUAUCUGCAUUUGCACGAAUUGUUCAUAGAUGACAUUAUUUGGGUUGAUGAGGCUGAUAGUCUGCAAAAAGCGACUUCUUAUAUUGAAGGGUGUAAAGUUGUUGGUGUGGAUUGUGAAUGGAAGCCUAACUAUGUGAAAGGUAGCAAAGGCAACAAGGUUUCUAUCAUGCAAAUUGCUUCCGAAAAGGUUGCUUUCAUUUUUGAUUUAAUUAAGCUAUACGAUGAUGCUCCUGAAGUUUUGAACAAUUGCUUGAUUCGUAUUCUGCAAUCUCCAAGAAUUCUGAAGCUUGGCUAUAAUUUUCAAUGUGAUAUGCAUCAGUUGGCUCAUUCUUACCAAAAGUUGGACUGCUUCAAGCGUUAUGAAAUGCUUCUGGACAUCCAGAAAGUGUUUAAUGAGCCUUGUGGUGGGUUGUCUGGCCUUGUGAAGAAAAUACUGGGAACUGGUCUAAACAAAACGAGAAGGAACAGCAACUGGGAACUAAGGCCGUUGAGUCAGCAACAACUGGAGUAUGCUGCUCUUGAUGCGGUUGUUCUCGUCCAUCUAUUCCACCAUAUCCGCAGCCACUCUCAACCUGUUGACGUCGAAGACAAAAAUGUCAAAAUAGAGUGGAAAUCCCAUAUUGUAAGUGCAUCGACUAAAUCGAAUGAAUCUCUGUUUAAAGCUCUGACUGGAAUGCCAAUUAUGGAUCAAAGUCAGGCUACAAGGCUUCACACCUUGGUGACACAAAGAUGUCGAGGAAGAAAGAUCUUAGUUUUGAGAAGCAUUCUGAAAUUGAAGCCGGGCAUCCCAAAUUGUCCUAGACUUAUAACACCACAGUUCUACGUCUCCUAUUCCCUGAGUAAUGAAUUGUAUAUACAUCUAGCUUUCAAGAAUUUGGUCAGAUGCUGACUUCAAGAAGGUGUCGACUUGCACUUUGUAUAUAUACUAUGCUACACUGUCAACAUAUUGUAUAUAUAACUCUUGAGUUUAAUUGGGCUCUGAUUCAAGUAAAAUGUUCUUUUUAAUUUUUGUUAACACAAACACAUUAUACUUUUCUC